GACCCCCGGGGUCCCGCGGCUGACCCGCGCGGAAUGUGACCCCCUUUCACCCUGUCCGGCCUCCCCUGACCUCCGGGGGGCCCGCCUUUGCCUGCUUUUGGGGCGGUGGGUGGGGAGGGGCGCGCGGAUCAUGGCAUUGGAGUUCCCGGGUUUGCAGCCGCCGCCGCCGCCUCGUCCACGCACCCCGAGCGCCCCUUCUUCCCGUAGCAGCAGCGGAGGAGGCGAAGCGGCCGGCGGGGGCGAGGCAGAUGGGGCUCAAGGCGCGCAGGGCGGCUGGGGCGGCCGGCGGAGGCGGCGGCGGGGGCGGCGGAGGCGGCGGGGCCGCUAACCCGGCGGGAGGGGACGCAGCGGCUGCCGGCGAUGAGGAGCGCAAAGUGGGGCUGGCGCCCAGCGAGGUGGAGCAAGUCACCUUGGCGCUCGGGGCCGGAACGGACAAAGAUGGGACCCUGCUGCUGGAGGGCGGCGGCCGUGACGAGGGGCCGCGGAGGACCCCGCAGGGCAUCGGGCUCCUGGCCAAGACCCCCCUGAGCCGCCCCGUGAAGAGGAACAACGCCAAGUAUCGGCGCAUCCAAACUUUGAUCUACGACGCCCUGGAGAGACCGCGGGGCUGGGCGCUGCUCUACCACGCGCUCGUGUUCCUGAUCGUCCUGGGCUGCUUGAUCCUGGCCGUGCUGACCACGUUCAAGGAGUACGAGACCGUCUCGGGGGACUGGCUUCUGCUGCUGGAAACGUUUGCAAUUUUCGUCUUUGGAGCCGAGUUUGCUCUGAGGAUCUGGGCCGCUGGCUGCUGCUGCCGCUACAAAGGCUGGCGGGGGCGGCUGAAGUUUGCCAGGAAGCCCCUGUGCAUGUUGGACAUCUUCGUGCUGAUUGCCUCUGUGCCCGUGGUCGCCGUGGGCAACCAGGGCAAUGUCCUGGCCACGUCGCUGCGGAGCCUGCGCUUCCUGCAGAUCCUGCGCAUGCUGCGGAUGGACCGCAGGGGCGGCACCUGGAAGCUCCUGGGCUCGGCCAUCUGCGCCCACAGCAAAGAGCUCAUCACCGCCUGGUACAUCGGCUUCCUGACCCUCAUCCUUUCUUCGUUUCUUGUCUACCUGGUGGAGAAAGACGUGCCGGAGGUGGAUGCGCAGGGAGAAGAGAUGAAAGAGGAGUUUGAGACCUAUGCAGACGCCCUUUGGUGGGGCUUGAUCACACUGGCCACCAUUGGCUACGGAGACAAGACCCCCAAGACGUGGGAAGGCCGUCUGAUCGCAGCCACCUUCUCCCUCAUCGGCGUCUCCUUCUUUGCCCUGCCGGCCGGCAUCCUGGGGUCCGGGCUGGCGCUCAAGGUGCAGGAGCAGCACCGGCAGAAGCACUUUGAGAAAAGGAGGAAGCCGGCUGCUGAGCUCAUUCAGGCUGCCUGGCGGUACUAUGCUACCAACCCCAACAGGAUCGACCUGGUGGCCACGUGGAGGUUCUAUGAGUCAGUCGUCUCUUUUCCGUUCUUCAGGAAAGAACAGCUGGAGGCAGCAGCCAGCCAAAAGCUGGGUCUCUUGGAUCGGGUUCGCCUUUCUAAUCCUCGUGGUAGCAAUACUAAAGGAAAGCUAUUUACCCCUCUGAAUGUAGAUGCCAUAGAAGAAAGUCCUUCUAAAGAGCCAAAGCCUGUUGGCUUAAACAAUAAAGAGCGUUUCCGCACCGCCUUCCGCAUGAAAGCCUACGCUUUCUGGCAGAGCUCCGAAGAUGCCGGGACAGGCGAUCCCAUGGCCGAAGACAGGGACUACGGGAAUGACUUCAUCGAAGACAUGAUCCCCACCCUGAAGGCCGUCAUCCGAGCCGUGAGGAUUUUACAGUUCCGUCUCUAUAAGAAAAAAUUCAAGGAGACGCUGAGGCCGUAUGACGUGAAGGAUGUGAUUGAGCAGUAUUCCGCAGGGCACCUCGACAUGCUCUCCCGGAUCAAGUACCUUCAGACCAGAAUAGAUAUGAUUUUCACCCCCGGACCACCAUCGACUCCGAAGCAUAAGAAGUCUCAGAAAGGGGCAGCGUUCACCUACCCAUCCCAGCAGUCUCCCAGGAACGAACCCUACCUAGCCAGAGCAUCCACAUCAGAAAUGGAAGACCAAAGCAUGAUGGGGAAGUUUGUGAAAGUCGAAAGACAGGUGCAGGACAUGGGGAGGAAACUGGACUUCCUGGUGGACAUGCACAUGCAGCACAUGGAGAGGCUGCAGGCGCACGUCCCCUACUAUGACCCGGCCAAGGGCACCUCCCCGGCCGCGGAGGAGGAGAGAGGGGACCCCCGGGAUUCUGAAAUGAAAACCAUCCUUUGCAACUAUUCUGAGACGGGGCUCCCGGACCCGUCCUUCAGCUUCCACCAGGUGCCCAUCGACAAAGUCAGCCCCUAUCGGUUCUUCGCCCACGACCCCGUGGGCCUGCCCCGUGGGGGACCGGGAUCUGGCAGGGUUCCCGGGACCCUUUCCUCUUCCACCCCGGCGUAUAUGGAGAGGCCCACCGUCCUGCCCAUCUUGACGCUUCUCCCGUCCCCCACCGACCCACACGGCCUCCGGCAGAGACGCAGCUUCACUCGGGACAGCGACACCCCCCUGUCCCUGAUGUCGGUGGACCAUGAGGAGCUGGAACGGUCUCCCAGUGGCUUCAGCAUCUCCCAAGACAGAGACGACGUGUUUGGCCUGGGCGGGGGCUCGAGCUGGAUGCGGGAGAAGCGGUACCUGGCCGAGGGCGAGACAGACACGGACACGGACCCCUUCACGCCCAGCAGCUCCAUGCCUCUGUCCUCCACGGGGGACGGGAUCUCGGAUUCCAUAUGGACCCCAUCCAACAAGCCCGUGUAAAGGGGUCCUGGCUGCCUCCUUGUAAUGUCCACAGACUCUGUAUAGCUCACUUGCUCUCACGCCUGACACUCACCAGUGCGGUCCCCAGUGGCCACAUCCGACGCCUGCAUGUGCGUGAUGGCCCCCAGCAGGGGCCGCCAUGGCCUGUCCUCCCACGCCACCACCGUGAAGCCGCUUCCUCUCAGCAUGGUCUGCAUGCCCUUGCACUAGCUCCGUGGUCCACUCACCUCCUGGGGCCACACGCUCACCUGCUCUUCUUCUUUUUGCUCGCAAUCGGACCAGUCCAGGGAGAGAUCGCCCACGAGCUCUUCAUCUGUCUGUCUGGUUGGCUGGUUUGGGUUUGAGUUUGGGUUUGGUAAGCAGGAAGGGCGUUUAGGUUCUUUCUCCGGUCACCACCCCUUUCUGUAAAACAGGCCCGUGGUUGGUCGGCUGUGUGUGAGAGCCGGCCACCAGUGCUCCCACAUGCCAGUGAGGGUACCUCCUGAGGUCAGAGGUCAGGAGAGGAGCGAGAUGGUCCCACAUCUACACAACCAAGAAUCUUCCAGAUUGUUUCAGUGAGGCCCAGCCUUCCGAAAGCCGUCCACAGGCCCUCGCGUGGUCUGCCGUUGUCUAGUGUCACGCCUCAGUUUCCUCAUCGUAAAAAAUGGUGGUUGUCCCAGUGUAGCAUUUCCGAUGAGUUAUGAGUUGGCGGGGAGAAGAAAACACACACAUAAAUUUAAAGAGCUCCCAAUUCCUGUAGCCAAAGAUGGUGACAUUGAUCAGAAGUGGGGUGCCCCUCUGCACAGCAGCCAAGUUCAGUGCCUUCAAAAUGAGGUUCGCACUCACACCCUCCCCACGAGACUUUCACAGAACACCCAUCUCAAGUGGAAACCGGAGUCAUAGGGCACACGGCCUGUCUGGUCCACGUCUCUGUAAAACUGCGAAACCUUCGGCUCAGCUCAGUGACGUGCCCGGGGCCACGCCGUUGUCCCUGGAGAGCUGGGCCCCGAGCCCAGUCCGCUGACUCGCUCUGUUCCCUGGGCUCCUGGCUGCACCGCUCUGCCCUUCCUGCAGGGGACCCAGGAAUUGUGCCAAGACACCUAUACCCUGUGUCGUGUGCAAAGCACUUGCCACACAGUUUAUCCAGGAGGAGGGGGUUGUCUGCUCUUAUUUGCCAGAUACACUUCCUGAUGCGUUGUGUUUGGGAUCCAGAAAAAAAAAAUAGUACAGGAAAGCUACUUGUAAUAGUAAUUAAUACGCAGAUGGGCAAAAUUUCCAGAACCAUCCAUUUUCACUCCUGCAGAUUUUUCAAACCACUCCUAACCAUGAGACAGCGGAGGAGUCAGCCCCCAGCCUGCAGAGCACUGCUCCCCUGUAUGCGUCUCACCGUUAAUCACAGGCCUCAGAAGCUUAAGAGGCUGUGGCCUCUUAUGGGAUGCCGCUGCUCUCUGAAACACUUUGAUGGAAAAGGUUUCUGUGAGGUUUGGGCUGAAUUAGCUAAAUGACGGUUCUGCAGUGUUAUCACCUCACCCUUUUCCGCGCAUCUCAGCACUGGUUGAGGAUGGUCGCCAUGGAGACCAUCAGGAUGAUUGAAAUGGCAUAAACAAAUGUCUGCAUGUAAGUGCCACUGAUGUCCUCCCUCAGUCUUGUCAAGAGCCAUCAGAGCCGUGGCAGACAUCUGGUUGACGCCGUCAUCAUUACCCGACGCAGCGGCCUUACAUUCUGCUGGAGAGAGAGGCUAGCUCCUCACAGUUCAGUUUCUGUCAACAGGGACUGUACCAGAGGCUCAGCAUGCAGUGAGCAGGCAGGGCUGCUGCCUGGCUUGAGGAAUUCCUGACAGGUAGAAAGGCCGUUUUACAUGGAGAGUGCUCUGAAUGGCUGGGUGUUGACCUUGAAGUCUGAGGUGGGAAAUACACAAGAAUGAUCACACACAUUGGAUAUGAAACCCCUCCCCAUAUGGUUUGCCUUUGACCUUCCAGCCAUCUGAAGGGCAAAGGGCAUGGCUCAUUGGUUCUCUUCUCGGCUCCCCUCAACAUGCCUGCCGGUGCCAUUGGAGUUGACGCUGGAAAGCCUAAGCCCCUUCCUUAGGGCUUGGUCCUUGAUUCUGACCUCCUGGGAUCUUUCACCAGAAACGAUGGAGCCACCUACCAUCUAACAUAUUACUGUGUUCUUUUUUUAUGUAUGAGUUAUUUGAAACAAAAAAAAAAUGGAGAAUCAAUCAAACAAUCUAUAUAGGCACCAGUUAUUUCCCCCUAAAUUAUUAAUAUUCUUGAAGAACCUGCUAAGCUUAGUAUCUUACAAAUAGAUCCAUUUUCCAGCAACUCAGUGGAGUUCUCAGCUGGAAGAGUGGGACUUCUCAUCCUCAAGCUAACAGAUAAUUACCACGGGCCCAAGGUGAGAGGACUGCCUUAGGGUCUGUUAAUAACUUACAAAGGAGGGAGCUUGUAUUAUUUCCCAAACCGCUGGCGGGCAGGCCAGCUUCCCUGCUGGCUCCUAAGGCCAGGAUGGCAGGGACUGGGUUUGUGCUCCUCACCACCAGGUCUCCUACAUGUGUAUGUUGCCAUUAUCAGUGCAAAGACCGAAUACAUUUUUCAUGAAUGAAUAAAGGACGAGACUCUUAAGAGCUAUUCUUUCCCAUAUAAAAAAAAACAAACAAAGAAAAAAUCUGAAAUCCUUUGCUAUCCUCUUUGGUUUGAAAAGCAAACCAAACCUGCUCAAGUUGCCUGCCCCUAGGCAAUAUCACCAACAUGGCUGGCGUUGAUGAAGCAGAAAUUCAAGGUCUAGGAUUGAACAUAAGUUAUAGGGAGAAAGUGUGUGCUUCCACAAAGAUCUUUGUGUCAAAAGAACAGAAUGAUGGGAUAAUCCAACAGCAUUGGUUGAUAAUGUGAAGGUUAUACUAUUUCAGAUACACCAGUGGUUCUGAAGCUUGCCCAGGAAAUUGCAGUUUGAGCAGAAUCCCAUGAAAUAGUGACCAAUUAAUUCCAUUAUAAAAAGUAGGAAUGAUUUUCCCAAGUAAAACUAUGGCCUCAUUACACAUAUCCAGGCUCUGUGUGUCACAGUAUGACACAUGAGAAUGUGAAUAGGUCAUGUUUUAUCAGGAUCAAAAUGAAUGAGACAAAUUUACUUUCCCAGCAUCAGGUAAAGGGAUGUCAUUGGGCUGAGAAGAAAGUACUUGAUACCAAGUGUGAGUUCUGACUAUCAAAUACCAGCACAUGAGGAAACACAAAAUAUUUUUUUUUAAUGGUGAGAGAAAGAAACAACAACAAAAAAACCCACGCCAAAUUGAGAAAGUUCUAUUCACUAACUGCUUUUUCUGGGAACUGAGCUUAGAUUUAUUAGACAUGACAUUGAUAUUAUGAAACUCUGGUUUUCAUUAAAAAACCUAUCUAGAAAACCCCAAGGUAUACUAUAUUUCAAAAUUAGCUAAUUAAUUGACAGUUGUGCAUUAUGCCUUGCCUAUUUUGUGCCAGGCAGUUCCUGGACACUGUAAAUUGAAAGAAUAAUUACUUGUAGGAAAUCCUAACAUAACAGGAUCUACUCAUAAUUUGCCAAGACCAUUCUCAUAAUUUGAUGCCACUGUAAUGACUGUAAUAAAAACAUUUAUUUAUUAAUUUACAAGAUUAAGCUGUGUGCUGGCUCUAGGCAAUGCACUUGAAAUUCAGAACUAUGAAAACCACAGUUCCUGCCAUCAAAAAGCUAGGAACUUGGUGGCCUCAAAUAUUGGAAGUCCCCUCAAACUAUGUGUACCACCAAUGGCAAGUCUCUGAUUUCAUCCCUGAAGAACACUCUACAGACAGGAAUGUUUCCUAGCUUGGAGUCACUGGGAGAGAGAACAUGGAAGAAAUUGAGAGCAAAAAUUCUGUAUCAAAGCAGUAAUGACCCCAUCAACCCAGAGAAGACUGAAUGGAUUGAAGGGGGACUUUGAGUUUGGGUUCAAUGCUUUGGACUUUACAGCCCCAGAUAAGCACACAUGAAGAAGGUUCUAGAGUACCUUGGAAGGUUCUGGGGGGCAAUCAGGGAACAGGUUUUUCCUCUCAACAUCCCUAUGAGGAUUGAGUUCUGGCAAGUCACUGAGCUACUUUAAUUUAAUUGUGUUGACCAAGAGAAGCAUAUAGUACAGGCCCAAGACAGCAUCCAUUACAAGAGAAAGGUGGGGCUACGUGUGGGGUCUGCUGAUCAGAUUCUUCUGGGGCAGGAGAAGAAAUUUAUCCAGAGCUCUGAGAAGCAGCUGCACUUCGGAAAGUGCUGCCAAGCACACGCCAGGCUCCCCCCAGAAGGUACCACGUAGCUGGUCUGUUUUCCAGGAAUAUGCUUCCGAGGCGUCUAGAACCAAGGCCUCAGCCUCCACAUAGCACAUGCGUUUCAGGGGGAAAUAAGUUAAAAUGAGCUCUAGAUACAAGUGACCUGAGUGUGACUCCAACGAAGCCGUCGGAAGCCUCGCCCAGUGCUUGGGAACAUACUCGUCAUUCCUCUUGGACUUGUCAAAUGAAGGAAAGUUUGAUGCCGAAGAGUAAUGAAAACUGAGCCUGUUCUUCAAUGUUUAUUCUCCUCUGCCCUCAAGACGGAGGCCAGGGAAGGGGGAACUGACCCUAAGCUCUCUCCAUGAGUUGCCAGCGAUGUAAUAGUUUUCUCUUAGUUUUCUCUCUUGACUUCAUGCAAUCCUUAUUGCAGCCCAGAGGGGAGGUGUAUGGUCCGCAUCCUAUAGGUGAGGACACUGAAGUAGGCAGGGGAAAUACCGUGCCAUGGGUCACUCAUUGUAAGAGUAGAUCUGGGAUCAUCAUCAAAACCCAUGUACCUCCAAAGCUCAUUCUCCCCCAGCCACAUCUCCCAGGAAAAGCUGCCAGAUCUCGCCCUGUGGUCCUUCACCACCUUGCCUUCCUCCGUCCGGUCAGCUUUCUAGUAAAAUGAUCACAGACCCAUUGCUUCCCUGGAGGAAAGAGAGAGUUCAGUGUUGGUUGCUCCACUUGGUUAUUCAGCGGGUCCUGCCUGUUGCUUUGAGUGGUUUCACAAGCCAGCUUCUGUCAGUGGCAGAAAACAAUGCCACAUAAAUCAUUCAUCGGUUCAUGUUGGAACCCAUCGGCUCUUAGAGUUGGGUGUGGCUGCAGAUAAUCCCCUGAGCACCCCUUGUUCUCGGUUCCCAAGGAUCUCCUGUCAUUGUUUUAAACAAGGUCAACUGUCCCUCUUGACUCUGGUCUUCUGUGUCUAGACUGUACCUCUAUGUCAGGUCUUUGAAAACCUGCAGAAACAGGUGAAUCUUCAAAAACACUCUGUGUUUCUCUUUCUUGAUGGGAAAAGAUCAAGGUUCCCAGGAGAAGCCAACGCUCUGGGGAUGGGGCCUUCUUCCCCCUCUGAGUACUUUUUCAAGGAGAGGAGAGCAGCACCCCCUUCCACACGCGAGGGCUGUGUCCAGGCGGGAGGCCAGGUUCCAAGAUGGGUGGAGUCAUUUUAUCAAGUGUCAUCAAGUGUCGGAGGUUUUGCUGCUGGAGACAAGAGGCAGGCUCCAUCUUGAAAAUCCCCGUAGAAAGAUGGGCCAAUUUCAUCAGAUUUGUCCAUCAUUCCAUUUUAAUGAGAAAAAUGCUCUCUAUGUUGCUUCUGAUGUGAUAUGGCUGUUCUUUUUUUCUCUUUCUAAUGUAGCAGUGAUGGAAAACAGAGACUCGCUGUAUUUGCUUUGGGAUUGUAUUUUCUUUAACCCCCUUUUACGGCAUAGAAAUCUGGUGCCUUGCUCCCUGAAAUUGUCUCCAUGCUAUGAGUAUGCUUUCUUCACCUUCUGGCUUACACGGGAACAUUCCACAAGUGGCCUUUAGUGCUCUUUUAAUAUCAUUUCCUAUGAUUUUUAAACUGUACGUGUACUUUAUAUUCUGGCUCCGUCCAAUAUUUGAACAACUUUAAUAGGUUGAUUUCCAUAUAUAUUAUGCAAAUAAUUCUUACCUGAUUUUUUAUGUUCUCUCUUAAAACAAGUAAAUACUGCACCACUUAUUAAUAAAUAGACAUUUCAAUGA